AUGCAUGGAAGCGAGAAUAGUGCAUGCAUAAAGUUAUGCGCCAUUCUCCUCAUCGUUGUGUCUACUUCAAGUGACGCACUUGAUGUAUACACCAAUCAUUUUCACGUUCAUACCAAGGUUCCCGGCAAAGAAAAUGCACAUAAAAUUGCCAGACGAAAUGGUUUUAUUAAUAGAGGACCAGUUCUUGGCUCUGAAACAGAAUGGCAUUUUGUGCAACCAGCAUUGUCACAUGCUCGAACCAAAAGAUCAAUUGCACAUCACAAGAAGCUUCUGAAAGACGAUGAUGUCGUCUUCGUUGAACAAUUACAAGGAUUUAAACGUACUAAACGGGGAUAUAGUAAACGUCAUAAGACGAAUGGUUUUAGGCUGCUGGAGAAGCAGAUGAAUGGUAAAAUGAUUCCGGCAACUGACGAUUCGCCAACAGAUCCGCUGUAUCCAUAUCAGUGGUAUUUGAAAAAUAUUGGUCAAGGUAAUGGAAAACCGCGGUUAGAUCUGAACGUUGAGAAAGCUUGGGCAAUGGGAUUCACUGGUAAAAAUAUAACAACAGCAAUUAUGGAUGACGGUGUUGAUUACAUGCAUCCUGACCUUAAAUACAAUUUUAAUGCAGAGGCUAGCUACGAUUUUAGCUCUAAUGACCCAUUUCCAUAUCCAAGAUAUACAGAUGACUGGUUUAACUCUCACGGAACACGGUGUGCCGGAGAAAUUGCUGCUGCCAGAGAUAACGGUGUAUGUGGUGUUGGUGUAGCAUAUGAUAGUAAGAUUGCCGGAAUCAGAAUGCUAGAUCAACCAUAUAUGACUGAUCUGAUUGAGGCAAAUUCUAUGGGACAUGAACCAAACCUUAUUCACAUCUACUCAGCUAGCUGGGGCCCAACUGAUGAUGGUAAAACUGUCGAUGGUCCGAGAAAUGCAACUAUGAGGGCAAUUGUGAAAGGUGUUAAUGAGGGAAGGAAUGGAUUGGGCUCAAUUUUCGUCUGGGCCAGCGGUGACGGUGGUGAAGACGACGACUGUAAUUGCGAUGGUUAUGCAGCUUCUAUGUGGACCAUAUCCAUUAAUUCGGCAAUCAAUAGUGGAGAAAAUGCGCAUUAUGACGAGAGUUGUUCAUCAACAUUGGCAUCAACAUUUUCAAAUGGCGGACGCGAUCCCGAAACUGGCGUAGCUACAACGGAUCUGUAUGGACGAUGCACUCGUUCACAUAGUGGCACCUCUGCAGCUGCUCCGGAAGCUGCUGGAGUAUUUGCUCUAGCACUGGAAGCCAAUCCUAUGCUUACAUGGCGUGAUCUACAACAUCUUGCCGUUUUAACAUCAACCCGUAAUUCGCUUUUUGAUAGUCGCUGUCGAGACCUACCUGAUCUUGGCAUAGAGGUUUGUACAUGCUUUAUGUACUACAAAGUAUUUCAGGGUACUAAACAACCGAUAAAAAAAACUGACAACUGCACACAUUUUGAAUGGAACAUCAACGGUGUUGGCCUGGAGUUCAACCAUUUAUUUGGAUAUGGUGUACUCGAUGCUGCAGAGAUGGUGAUGUUAGCUUUGGUAUGGAAAACGGUUCCUCCACGAUAUCACUGUGAAGCUGGAACUAUUGAUAUACCUCAUCAAAUACCACAGAUUGGAAAUUUGGUAAUGGAAAUGAAUACUGAUGCCUGUAUGGGUACAAGCACUGAAGUAAAUUACCUCGAACAUGUUCAAGCUGUUGUAACGUUUAACAGUACACGGCGUGGUGAUACAACCCUAUAUCUUAUUUCUCCUUCUGGAACACAGACAAUGAUCCUCUCCCGAAGACCGAAAGAUAAUGACUCGAAAGACGGAUUUAUCAAUUGGCCAUUCAUGACUACUCAUACAUGGGGAGAAAAUCCGAGGGGCAAAUGGCGUUUGGUUGCUCGGUUCCAAGGUGACAGAGUGCAUACUGGAUUCAUAAAGAAAUUUACUCUGAUGCUUCACGGAACCAAAGAUCCACCAUAUGCCGAUAUAGAACCACUAAAAGGACAUGUCAAUAGCAAAUUACAUAUUGUACAGAAGGCCCAUAAGAGGAGUCUUAAAUAA